CAAGAAUCAUCAUACUAGAAUUUUAUAAAGUGACCUACAAUGGAAACGUUGAGCUACCAGGCUCCCUGUGAUAGCCUUUCUGUUGGAGUGACUCCUGCAAGUCCAAGCAAACCAUUGCAGAAUCCACAGAAGAAACUUGAGGAAGAAGAAGAGGGAGAAAAAGAGAAAAAAGGAGAUACUUUACUGGAUCUAAAUGUCCCUGGUGAUGAUUCUGCUACUGGGUGCAGUCCGGUGCUGAAUCUCAUCACUUGUCUGGAAGCGGAUUUGUCAUCAGAAGACCCCCAUGAGCCGAGAGUGUUCUCUUGCAACUACUGUCAGAGGAAGUUCUACAGUUCACAAGCUCUUGGUGGACACCAAAAUGCUCACAAAAGAGAAAGGUCCAUAGCAAAGAAAAGUCACAGAUCAGUAUCAACCAUGGUGGCCCCAGCAACAGCUUUUGGAAUUCCCUUUCUCCACAAUCACCUUCCUCACUAUCCCACUGUGGCUUCUCUGCCUCUCCAUGGUGCUUUUGGUAAUAAACCGCUUGGAAUUCAGACUCACUGCAUGAUUCAUAGGCCUCCUCCUCUUCUUCCUCCUCACUUCUCAUUCAAUGGUUUUUCAAACACUUUUGGACAUCAUAAUGGGUGGUCAAGACCCCUUAUUACUCAACAACCUGGGAUAGGGAAGUUAACUAUGGAAAGUUGUCGCAAAACAUCACGAGACAAAGUUGACAGAUUACAACUCAAGUCAGCAGGUAAUGAAGAAAUAAGUGAAUAUCUGGUUAGUGGAAAUACUGGUUUGAAGACUGGUCAAGAGAAAAAGAAGCACCUUGACUUGUCCCUAAAACUCUAAGCAUCAUGGAAUUUAGUCCUUGAUUAGAAGGUUAAUGUUUUGCCAAAUUUAUUGUUUAACAGCUUGCAAUAAGAUAGUGUUGUAAAUUUGUUUAUGAGAGGAUCAUGUUCUUGGAAGUUUGUUAAUUCCUUUUAAGGAAGGUUUAA